UUUGGAAAACAAUGAUCCAUAUUUGACAUCAUUUGAUCACAUUUUAGAGACCAAAGGACAAAUCCAUGAACAGAUAUAAUAACCCACAGAUUCAUGGAAUUUAUGUUCCUAUGUUUGAGCUUAUAUCUGUAUCUGUCACUGAGUUAGAAAUGACCCGUUGUAUAAUAAUAAUAAUACAAAUGUGCCAGAAUACUUAACACAACUGUUACACCUUCAACAGCCACUCAAUAUAAGACACAUUGAUACUGUAAAUAACACCAGGCUUUUGAAUGUCCUAUACUAUCUGAACAGAUCAUUUCCUCCAAUAUCUGCUGCAAUCACUGAGUGAUGCUUCAGGAAAUGAACAGGAAGCAUCAUCCUCAAGAGCUCCUCUUCAGGCUUCCUCCAACUGGAGCACAAGAAAUACUCUCUUUUCAGAGAGGUGGAGGGACGAGAGACCCCGGCAUGUGAACACUGCAGCCGCACAAGAACAUUUGGGAAAGCACAUGUGCCAACAGUGUGGGAGCAAUCCAGCGGCUGUCCGUUGUCGUGACUGUCGACCACGGCCCUUCUUCUGUGCUGACUGUGAUGUCAGCGUGCACGUCAGACAUGUCCUCCACAACAGGGAUGCAAUGACUGCUGGAUUCAUCCAGCCAUUACCUCCAACAUCUCUUGUUGUGGAUAAGGCCCUUUCCCAUUGUGCUACGUGCUGUUGUGUUACUGUCAAACACAUUCAAUUCAACAUCUUUCGAGUACCUUUUCAGCAACAUACUUCAUGGCCAUGAAGUCUUUUUUUCAUUUUCUCAUGUAAAGUUUGUGCUCCAGUCAUUCCAGAAUUCUAUGUCAUAUUACAAUGUCAAUAGAAAUGAUCUUAAUUCACUUGUGUGAUCUUUUACAGUACGGUUUGUACCUGUGGAGACGCCUGACCAGAAUUAUUAAAGGUCAACCCAGGAAACGAUGUUACUGUGGUCACAAUGAAUGGGCGACAUGAUCUCAGCAUGCCUGAGUUGAAUUGUGAGGCAUGCAAAGCCACUUGGACUGCUGGAGUGGACGACCUCAUUCGCAGUGACUACUGGCCUGCUACACUUCACUCUGCUACAGUUUAUGCAACCCAGAUUUUGUUUUCAUUUGAAGAAAUGAAGAUGGUGGCACCAGGAUUGUCCUGCCAGGCAUUUUUGACAAUGUCCGCUUUGGCCGUGUGAGUAAUAAAGUUAUUGAUCCCAUAGUGUAGUUCAUCUGUUUGUAUUGGGGCUGGAAAAGCUUUGUUUGUUGGUUAUGCAUUUAUUCCACAUUAUUGGCUCUCCAUUUCCUUGUUUUGAAAUAGACUGGGAAGAUCUCUGCAGACAGCUUCCAAAAAAGUUUUUUUGAGUGGGAAGCUGUGCAACAUCUGCAAAGAGGAGCCCUUCAUCUGUGCUGCGUGCACCCCAAAUAUGCUUGCAGUUUCCGUGGAUGGAAAUCGCAAGCAUUACCGGUUCAAGAAUGCAUCUAGGUCUCUGGGAGAGGUGUUUGUGGAGGGGAGUGGUCAGCAGCUAGAGAGACCUCCCAAAGAUCCACCAGCAAGGUAGAUGAGGAGGGACUGGAGCUUGUGGUGUGUAGGCAUGGUGUUCUGCUGCGUGCUCUCAAUAUGUACAGGGGAGAAAUGUUUGCUUAUCCCCUGUAUUUGCAAGAAAAGCUUGCCAGCAGGCAAAUCACUUUCUUCUGUAUGGAUGUGACCUGCAAGUAUUGGCCCUACCUCUAAAAAGCUCCAGCCCCUCCUCAGCAUGAAGCCGUUCCUGUCUGUAUUUCAUGCCAAAGCUCAUGAUUUCAAAUGCGAGGUCAAAUGGAGUGGGGCAUAUCAGGAAGGGGCUGGCCUAACACUAGGCGAGGAGGUUGAGCAGUGCAAUGCCUUCCUCUCUAGGAUUGCAGUGACCACAAAGCACAUGUCAAAAGCUGGACGCACAGACAUGCUGACUCUCUUGGCCAUGCGCUGGAAUCAGCAAAAGUUGGACAAUUUGGUCACCUCACUGUCUCACAGAUAUCACAAGACCAUACAAUCUCUACAAAGCAAGGAACAGAAUGUUGAGUCCAUGAAAGCUCAGUUGGCAGUGACAGAGAGCCAUUUGGAAGACUGGGUCAGUGAUGUCAAAGAGUGGGCAGAAGCAACAACAAACACAAGCACAAAUGAUGUGGAUGCCUUGGCCAGUAGAAUCGAGGUGCUGGUGACCAGUAUAAAGAGACGCUCACAGCGUCUUUAUAAAGAUACUGACGGCAACAAAGGUCGUGCCAGGAUCCGCCGCAAAAUCAGGGAGGAGAAGGGGAUCCUGACCUCUGUUGUGGAGAAAUACAACAAAAUAGUUCCAAGCACAGAAAGUCUUUGCAUGGAAACCAUUGUGUCUGGCGAGACAGCUUGGCCAUGGCAGCUACCACACAGUGGUAUGACACACAAACACAGAACCAGUACCCUCAAAUGAGGAUCUGUUACCCUACAGGACUUUAGACAUUCUUUGACAGAGUACAUAUAACUAACUUCAUGAUAUUGUCUAUGUACAGUGCCUUGAGAUAAUGUAUGUUGUGAAUACAAUUGAAUUCACUUCAAAUCUUUGUAAAAAGAAAUGCAUUUGAGACUCUGUCGAUCUAAGGACAAAGAGAAAGGCGUUUGACAUCAUCAUGGCAGUAAGGAGACUGGAGGAGGAGAAGAAGAAUAUUCUUGUUCUGGAGAUGGACCACUACUGGAAAUGGCUUUCAACUCGUGCAAAGACCUCGCAAGAGUUGUCCAGUCUACUUUCUAGUGAGACAGUGAAAAAUUGGCCAUGUGGCUUUAGUGAAGAGGGGUUGAAAGGUCUGCAGAGCAUCAUCCUGAGAAAGCAGCAGAACAUCAGAGAGAAGAAGAUGCAAGCUAGAGACUGCUACCUGCGACUUUUGUCUGGAGAGACUGCAGAGAACAUGAGCUUCUUGCACAAGCCGGAUGAUUGUGACAGUGACUCGGACAGUUCUGAUGAUGCACUGUAAUUGUACCCGUUACCGCUGCUCCACUUUCUUGUGCCAGUGGAAUUACAAAUGCUACUGUAGGUUGGUCACGUGAUGCCCUCUGGCCCAAAAAUACUUCUUACCAUUGCAACAAAACAAAUGAGCCAUGGUAGCAUGGUUUCCAGCAGGAGUGUUUUAGAAAAAACGGACAAAAUCUCCUUCAUUUCUAGUACUACUAUAAGUAGUAUUAUUAUUUUUAUAUAGACAGCAGAUAUGAGAGGACAGGGAAGACUGUUUACAAAGUAUCAGGGGAUGCAGCUCAUAUAGGUUAAAUCAAUAAAUAAUAAUAAUAAAUAGAAUAAAAGAUUCUAUAAAAUACACCAUGGCUACUCACUUCCUGCAAAUUUCACCAAGAACAAUCUGUUUGAAGCAAAUAUUCUCUGGUCCAGCCUAUUGGUCCAAAAUACACAAAGACGGAAUCCAUUGGCACGUUGAACCAUGCGUGGUUCACUAACCAGCCCGUUUGUAACUGGUAUCCUACCGACAAAGUUACCUGCACUUCAUGUGCUUAACAGAGUUUAGCAGUUUAGAUAACAUACUGUCCAGCUGUUGUGACUUAAUGAACCACUGUUACGACCCCAGGGUUGUGACUGCUUCUUCCCUGUGUGUAUGUGUCUGCGUGUGAGAUGGGUUGCAGGUGUGCAUGGCCUAUGUGGGUGAGUCUAGGGUGGAUCCUGGGAGCUGAUUGGUCCUGCACAGGAAGGACUCUGAAUAAGAGGCCUGAUCAUCCCAGCUGCAGCGGACUUCCUCAAAGCACUCACAGCAAGACUGCCAGCAGACAUUUUGUACUUGAUUUUAAUAAACUGGUUAAAAUGCUUUGUUUGACUUGUUGCUGGUGCUUUCUUGGGAGUUGACAAGGGGAGUGUCAUUAUUUGAUGUUGUGAUCAGGUUUUCUCCUAGGCCUGGUCGUAACAACCACAGAUACUUGUUUAUGUUCUCUUUUGAAUGAGUAUAGGGGAACUCAUCCUGUAUAUAAUGUAUAUACAUACAUGGAAACAAGCAUAUACUGUAAUCAUGUACAUUCAAUAUAUAUUUCCUUUGCACCAUUUGGAUUAUUUAUAACUUAAAGAAAUACUUGACUUAUAGAUAUUUGAUCAUAUUGUUGCUAUAUGUAUUUUGAGUUGUACACCAUUAUCUGUAUCAUGUUUUCUUUUGUAUGUAAUUAACAUUGAUCAAAUGAUUACAAGUCCAUUGUACUAACGUGUAUUACUGGAACAUGUUUUUAUAUUUACUUGAUUCAGUUAAAGUUUGAUAGUGAUGUUUGGUAUCAAUUGUCCUUCAUGUAGGUCAUCACUUUCAUUCAAACACAUUUUAAUGUACCUGUAUUUAUUCAAGAGGAAGGACAAUAAACUUCAACUUUUCAAAUA